AUGCUUCAAAAUAAUGUUUAUGAACUACAUGGAUGCUAUGAAAAUCUGUUUACUAAAUUAACAGAUAAAUAUUAUAAAAAUACAUCAUGGCCAGAUGCAGAAACAAUAUCUCCCUUGGUUAAUGAUGAUGCGAACUUUAUAAUAUUGUAUAGAGAAUUAUACUUUCGCCACAUUUACGCAAAACUUCAGCCAACAAUUGAACAGCGGUUUCAAUCAUAUGAUAAUUAUUGUGAUCUUUUUAAUCUUAUUCUUAAUUCAGAAAAUCCAGUUAAUCUUGAACUUCCUAAUCAUUGGGCUUGGGAUAUUGUUGAUGAGUUUAUUUAUCAGUUUCAAACAUUUUGUAAUUAUAAAAAUCGAUUAUCUAAAAGAUCAGAAGAUGAAAUUCAUGAACUUCGAGAAAAUCCUCAAAUAUGGAGUACAUACAGUGUUUUAAAUGUACUAUAUUCUUUAAUUCAAAAGAGUAAAAUAAAUGAACAAUUUAUUGAAAUAAAAAAUGGAAGAAAUCCUAAUGAAGUAGCAGGAGAGUUUGGAUCUCAAAAUCUUUAUCGAAUGUUAGGAUAUUUUAGUAUAAUUGGUCUUCUUCGAGUUCAUUGUCUUCUUGGUGAUUUUACGUUAGCACUCAAAACAAUGGAUAACAUUGAACUUAACAAGAAGAGCUUUUUUGGAUGGGGCGGAAAUUUAACACUAACAUUUACUGCUUAUUAUUAUGUUGGGUUUUCAUAUAUGAUGCUUCAUCGAUAUAUAGAUGCUAUUAAAGCAUUUUCUCAUGUUCUUUUUAUUUCACGAACAAAACUUUAUCAAAAUAGAUCAAUACAAUAUGAUCAUAUUUCAAAAAAGAGUGAUCAAAUGUACGCGCUUUUAGCAAUAUGCAUUGCAUUAUGCCCUGUUAGGAUUGAUGAUAAUCUUUUUAUCUUAUUAAAAGAAAAAUAUGGAGAACAACUUUUAAAAAUGCAACGAGGUGGACCAGAAUCUAUACCUGUUUUUUCAGAGCUUUUUUCAUUUUCAUCACCAAAAUUUAUAUCACCACUUUCUCCAGAUUUUGAUAAUAGCUCUGGCACUAUUAUAGAGCAUCAACAACAUCAUUUAAAAAUAUUUAUUUCCAGUAUUGAAAAUCAAAUGAUGUUGCCUGCUCUCAAAAGCUAUCUUAAAUUAUAUACAACAAUGCAUUUGGAUAAAAUUACAUCAUAUCUUGAAAUUAGUCCUGAAAAUUUAAGAACAUUGCUUCUAGUAUAUAAACAAAAGACUAAACAAGUUCGAUGGUCUCAAGGAUCUUUAUUAAAUGGCGAAAUUAUAAAUACAUCUGAUAUUGAAUUUACUCUUCAGGGACAUAUAAUUCAUAUCACAGAAGUAAAAACCACUCGACAAUACGCCGAUUAUUUUAUAAAAACUAUUAAGCAAUUAAAAAGAUUAUCUCUUAAUUUAAUCAAUUAAUAUAUAUAUAUCAUUUAUAAAAUAUAUAAUUUUUUGAUAUUUUAUUAAAAAUAUUUUUAAAUAUAAC